AGGCUGCUGCCGUCGCCCGCCUCGUCGCUGUCUGUGUAGCCUUUCAUCUUCCACAAGACCUGUUUCAGACGGCUACAUCCACAGUUUUGCGAGCACAGCAGAGAUUCACAACAGCUAUGUCUGAGGAGGCUGAAGAAACGAGGAUUCCGGAAGAUCAGCAGGAAAUGGAUGACAAAGUAGUCAGUCCGGAGAAAGCAGAGGAAGCCAAACUUAAGGCCAGGUAUCCUAACCUCGGAGCCAAGCCUGGAGGCUCAGACUUUCUCAGGAAAAGACUUCAGAAGGGGCAAAAGUAUUUCGACUCUGGUGACUACAACAUGGCCAAGGCAAAAAUGAAGAAUAAACAGUUGCCAUCAGCCCCAACGGAGAAGACUGAGAUCACAGGAGGCCACAUCCCAACACCUCAGGACCUGCCUCAAAGAAAAACUUCAAUCGUGGCAAGCAAACUGGCUGGUUGAUGGUUUUAUGUUUACUAAAUUGUUACCAUUCCAACCCCCUCUUCACAUCUACCUGCCGUUUACUUUUUUGUUUGUUUUUCACCUUUGUAUGUAUUCUCUAAGAACAAGUUAUGUACCAAGCCAAAUACUUGAGAAAAAUUGGCAACUGUCAGGCACUGAAUUGUCAGUGAGUUAAAUCCAACCAAUUAGUAGUGAAAGAUGUUUCUCAAGCCCUUAAAAGACUGAAUAGUGAUUGAUUUAUGAACAUGAUGUCACUCGUAAAUACGGAUGGAUGUUAAUGCUGUCUUAUUUUCAUAGAACAUUUUCACUUUUAAGGAUAUACGCCUUCCUACAAAUGCCUGUCUAACAGUAGCUGAAUAGCCUGUGCAAAGGAACUGUUGUCAUCACCACAAAAGAAUAUUGUCAAUGAUAAUUACAGAGGCAAAAAUACUAAUGAGUUAUGACUACAGAGAAAAUGUUAUCAGAGUUUGCUUUGUUGUAUGUGUGAAGUAGAAGUGUAAUUUACAGAUAUGCCUUUCAGUUUGAAACUUUUGAGUGUUCACCCGCUCAUGUGGAGGCAUGUCCAUUUAAACAGUGAAAAUGAAGUAAUCAUGCUGUUUUUUUUUUCUUCUAAACCUUGAUUUUGUUCAUGUCCCCUCCUUUCCCUUUAAAGCAAUUUGAUUAUGUGCUUUCGAAGUACUGAAGAUUAGAUCACACACACUUUGUAGCCAGUUGUAUUUUAAUUCAUUUUAGUGACAUUAGUUUGCCAAGACUUGCUGCUGGUUUUCAUCUCAUCCUGACCUCUAAAAUGGCCUUAAAAGUAAUGAACCGUUGUUCCUCUUGAGCAAUAUUUGCUCCCUCAGUGAGAAUCUUAGUUGUGAAUCUUGCCUGAAAUGUCUGUCACUGUCUGACUGGAAUCACUAGGAUUUUAUGGAAAGAACCUCCCUUGACAUGUCUGGAGUGUGCAUGUGCAUUUACUGUGCAGUCACACUGUGCCAUUUGUUUUGUAAAUAAAAUAGUUUUGCAUAAUA